CAGGUCAUAAUAUCCGCUGCUUGCUGAGACUGGAUUGCACAUGUGCGUAAAGGCUACAAGCAUGUGUGCUGAGAUAGGAAGUUGGUUCUUUAACUCCUUGUGACAGAUUAUCAGUGAAGGUCUCUGACACAUCUGUGGAUUGAUGGACUUCUCGGGAAGCUGCGGCUGCUCCUUGUAUAAAUAUGGCUGGAUUCAUUGCAAAUCAGCACAGGUUGCGGCUUGUAUUGAACAGAAGAUUUAACGCACCUUUAUCAGCCUCCCAGGUUGCCUUUUACCACGUAACAGCUUCACACCUGAGCCCAAAGGACAGCAAGGUCAGCCCUGUAGCGAGGGGGCGCUCCAGAGUCCAGCACAAGCCUGCAGAAGGGCAGGAGCAUGAGGGGUCAACUCAGAGAAAAGUGUUUAAAAGUGAGAUCUCACUGCUGCAGAAGCAGAUGAGGGGAGAUGACUUCAGAGUGUCACCUGAACUCAGGAAACUGUGCUUGGAAGAUUUCCCUGCAGAGAGGGAGAGGCAGGUGAAGCAGAAACCUGCACCUGAGGCCAAAUCUAAGGACUGCGAGGUUGUUUUUGGCGUUGCUCCCUGCUUCUUGGCUCUCACUCAGGGAAGGAGGAGGGUCCGUAAGCUGUUUGUAAAAGACGGCGAGGCCUCUCACAGGGCGUCUGUGUUGAAGGUGUGCGAGGAGGCUCAUCUGCGAGGAGUUCGAGUCCAUCGGGUCAGCAGGAAGGAGCUGGACAAGAUGUCCAAUGGGGGAGUCCAUCAGGGAGUGUGCCUGCUUGCCAGUCCCCUGAGCUACCUCACCGAGGACUCUGCACCCAGCAGGAAAGAUGCCCCUCUGUGGCUCGUUCUGGAGAGAAUCCAGGACCCCAUGAACCUCGGUGCCAUCCUGCGCUCUGCUUAUUUCCUCGGGGUGGACAGAGUCGCCAGCAGUCUUCGCUACACCUGCCCGCUGUCUCCAGUGGUCAGCAAGGCGAGCUCGGGCAUUAUGGAGGUGAUGGGGGUGUAUGGAUAUGAAAACCUUGCAGAGAUGUUGAAGCUGAAGAUGGAGCAGGGCUGGCAGGUGGUUGGCACAGUGGGACAGGAAGCAGAAGUGUCUCAGAUGCCCAUCACCAAGUGUUCAGACUUUAAAAUGACCAAACCCACGUUGCUGCUGAUGGGAGGAGAGGGAGAAGGACUCUCCAAGGAGCUGCUCUCCACGUGUCAGACACUUCUCACCAUCCCAGCGGGCAGGGAGCUGGUGCCUGGCAUCGAGUCUCUCAACGUUUCUGUAGCCACAGGCAUCCUGCUGCACUCUUUGCUGUCCUCCAGGAGCUCGACCACAUGACAGCCACCUCAAAUAUCCUCCCAAAUGAAGAUGCAAGGUCACUGACAACACAACCAACCAAAGGAAUAAAUAUUUCAGUGUAAUCUUGAGUACAAAUUCACAGAAGACCAAACCAGAGCCCUCAUACUCUUCUCUGCUGUUGUGUCUAAAAACUACUAUUCCUCAGCUGAAAACGGGCCUGAGUAGCAUUUGCUGAAAACAAAAAACACAACCCACCUGUUUCAAGAAGUUACAUAGCCUUUAAAAUAAAUACACAUUAUUUAUUUAUUGCCUAUUUUCAAGAUUGAUAUUGUCAGUGGAAACCAACAGGCUCUGAGCCGAGUCUUACAGAUCUGCUCGAUGUCUCAAAGUGAUUGUUUCCUGGGAUUUGUUGACUAUGUAUUUUCUCUGCUAUCUGUUAUUUGGCAUUGAUGUUAUUUGAUACUUGUUACUUGAUAUCAAUAUUUUAAGUCAUCUUACUGUGUAAUUUGUAUCUUCGUACAGCACUUUGGCCAACACUACUGUUGUAAUUAAAUGUGCUAUAUAAAUAAACUAAACAUAGGUAAAUGUCCACAUUUUCA